AUGGAGAAGCCCGACAUAGAGUAUUUAAAUCUCCCGGAAAGAAUUAAGAGAAAGUUGUAUGCCUUCAACAUAAAUACGAUUGAGCAAUUAAGCACAAAUUAUCUGGAGGACGUGGACGUGGAGGAGGUCAUUGCAGGACAGAAUGAGCUGUUUAGUUACCACUUGCGCGACUUGGGAGUGCCAAAUGACGGGGGGGAAGAAGGCCGAGCGGACUGCUUGAGAGACCCCCUCCGUGGUUACGACCACCCCGUGAGCGACCAGGAAAAUUAUUGCUACGGUGGGAGUCAUGCUGACACGGAUGCUGAAACGGAUGCUAACAUAAACGAUGGGGGAGACGCGAUUGGCGACGCGUUGGUCGAUUCAAUGAGCGACUCGGUCGAGUCGUCUUCAUCUUCCCCAUCAGGGUCAGCGUCAACAUCGACAUCUAUGUCUAUGUCUACCACGGGUCAUAGACCCGUCCUACCGACUUCUCCCCCCGGAAGGAGAAAAUACUCCAUUCUGAAGGGUAUCAACCCGUGGACGUACCUAAAGAGAAACAACAGUUCAGUGGCCGCUUCAGGGAACCUCACAAAGAAUAAUAUCCCAGUUCGUAUAGCUAGCUGCAAAUCUCCGAAAGGAUUGGAGAAGGACUUCCUGGCCUACUCCAAUUACAUGAAGGCAUCUCUAACCGAGGUGACCUCUAUCAAAACAAACACUCACGCACUGAAUAGGCUCCUCGGAAACGGUCUCCAAGGGUCCAAAAUAUACUUCUUCUAUGGGAAGAAAACAAAAAUGAACAAAGUCAUUUCGCUUAAUUUGUUGUUUGACUUCCUCACUGGGAGCAACUCCACUGCAGUCGCAGUGUUCAUACACUUCAGCUACAUUAACGACGUUACAGUCAUUGAAAACAUUUUAAAAGAAAAAAUCAAAAGGGGGAGAAAAAAGAAGCAUUCGUUGGAGGACAUCCUUAACAGGUUAUUCAUUUUUCGGGUCCGAAAUUGGGGAGAGCUUGUCUCCUUUUUGGCAAAUGUAAGAAGAGGGAGCAGCCCAGACAAAGGGGAUCAAAAGAACCCACUUACAAGCCAGCUAGCCAAUGUGGCAUGCAUAGCAAUAGACAAUUUGACGAACCUGUUGAAGCAUCUAAGUGUUCAUAACUCCAACACAUAUUUCUACCUCGUCCGGGAGUUAAAAGCCCUUUCCGUCAUGUCAAACAUUCCCAUCCUUAUAUUUGAUUAUGCAAAAUGUCAAGUGGGAGGAACAGUCGUCGGAUGGGGGAAGAGGCAGUGCAAAGAAGAGGAGGCACAGGAGGGUAAGCACACAGGGAAUGAUUACAACUACAAAUGCAACAGAACCAAACGGAACGCGAAUGUUUCCAUGAGUUAUGGGAAGACAAGCCGUUUGAACCACCCAGAGGAGGAAUACGCCACGAAUGUGCUGACAGAUGAUGUGCAGCACUGGAUGGGCAGGAAGAAUAAAAGGGCUAAGUGGAAAACGAGCGCACCGCCCUUUGGCAGCAACGACCAGGGCAGCACGGACAGCAGUCGAGGGACGGACGACUCAGAGUCGUACGCGGAUUACCACCGGGGGGAAGGCAACACUGAUGGCAGUUCUGCCAGUUCAGCCAUAUUAGGAACCGGGCGAAGUGUUGACAAGGGGAGAAGUACUAACAGGGGGAGAAGUAUUGACAGGGGGAGAAGUAUUGACAGGGGGAGAAGCAGGGGGAGAAGUAUUGACAGGGGGAGAAGUAUUGACAGUCGGCGAAGUGCUUACAGUGAGCGUAGUGCUGACAGUGGGCGAAGUGCUUACAGUGGGCGUAGUGCUUACAGUAGGCGAAGUGUUGACGGGGGCUGCUCCCCUCGUGGAUCCUCCCCCCUGAGCGACUCAAGCGAGAGGGAGCAGGAGGACGCGCCCCCCGUCAGCAUCCACAUCGAAGAAACCACACGACAGGGAGCAUAUGACGAUAAAAAAAACGCAUCCCCAACACCGCACAAUAGGAAGUACAACUCAAAAAAAACGUCCGUUCCGCACUUCAUCUAUAACUUAUUCGAUUGUGUCCUGGAAGUUGAGAUGCUUCAAAAGAUGCGUGGCGGAAAAAACUUGGUUCGAUUUACACUACUCAAGUCACAGAAUAGCAUUACACAUUUCUACGUCAACUGCUGCAUUGAAAAUUAUACACUGACGGACAUGGCGUAG